AUGCCGAAGAAUAUGGGAAAGGGCGGCAAGUCCUUCAAGGCAGGCAACGCGAAGGGGAUUAUGCAGAACCAGAAGCGUGACAUUGUCUACGCCGACCCGCAGGAGGGUGAGGAAUACGCGCAGGUGAAGAAGGCGUUAGGGAACCUGCGGCUUGAGCUGCAGCUGGCGGAUGGCAGCAAGGCGAUUGGCUCCAUUCGUGGUGCCAUGGUGCGGAAAGUGUGGAUUGGGCAGGGCGAUGUCGUUUUGGUCUCGAAGCGCUCAUUCAACAAAAACGACAUCGUCGACGUCAUUCAUCGUUACAACCCCGCGGAGGUGCGGGCACUCGUGAAGGACGAAGUGAUUCCACGCGACUUCCGUUCCAGCGAUGAGCGUGACGCCAAAAACGCGCAUUCCGACUACGUUUUUGUGGCUGAAAACGACGACGACGGCGGCGCUGACGACGACGACCAGAACGUGCUGGACCCGCACAAAGUAGUCCUUGAC